GGCUGUGCAGCCUACCAGGCUGUCGUAGCCGAGCCGGCCAUUGCGUCAUCGCACUCGUCGCCUAGGCCAUUGCGACAUCGCACUCGUCGCCUAGGCACGCAACGCAGCAGCAGCGAUCGCUGCGGCGCGGCUUAAUUCUGCGUGGUCCCAUCUGUCAAUCGUGGUGGUGUGAGUGACUGUGCGCUGCAGCAGCUGUCUUAGCACGUAACCAACCAUGAAGCUCCGUGUCGUGCUAGGCACCAUGACCUUUGGCAGCCAGACGAACCAGCCCGACGCGACGGCGCAGCUCGCCCACUUCGUCGGCGCGGGCCACGCCGAAAUAGAUACGGCUAGGAUGUACAACAAGGGCGGCACCGAGACGAUGCUGGGGGCGAUCUUCGGCGAGCGCGCGGACCUCCGCGACGCCGUGCGCGUCGCGUCGAAGGCGAACGCGUUCGACGGCUACGACAAGGUGCUCACGGCCGCGAGCGUCGCGCGCCAGUUCGCGGCGACCUCGGAGGCGCUCGGCGACGCGCCCGUCGACGUCUACUACCUGCACAACCCGGACGCGACGACGCAGAUCCUCGAGACGCUCGAGGCGGUGGACGGGCUGCACAAGGCGGGCAAGAUCAAGGAGCUCGGGCUUUCGAACUACGCCGCCUGGGAGGUCUGCCACAUCCACCACCUCUGCGCCGCGCACGGCUUCGUGAAGCCGACCGUGUAUCAGGGCAUGUACAACGGGAUCACGCGCGACGUGGAGCGCGAGCUGCUGCCGUGCUUGCGCGCGCUGGGCAUGCGGUUCUACGCCUACAACCCGCUCUGCGGCGGCCUGCUGGCGUGCGCGCGCACGCGAGAGGACUACGAAAGUCUGGACGACGACUCCCGCUUCCGCAAGGGCAACACCAUGUACCGCGAGCGCUACCUCGCCGAGUGCCAGCUGGACAGCGUCGACGCGUUCCGCGACGCCUGCGCGGAGGCGGGCGUGCCACCCGUGCACGCGGCGCUGCGGUGGCUCCAGCAUCACUCGAGCCUCGUCGACGGCGACGGUAUAAUCGUAGGCGCGUCGAGGCUGGCGCACCUCGAGGAGAACCUGGCGGCGCUCACGUCCGGCGACGCCCUGCCCCAGGCCGUCGUCGACGCCUGCGACGCGGGCUGGGCGAAGAUCAAGGCGUCGGGCGUCUGUCCCUCGUACGAGCGCGGCACGAGCCUGUAUAAAUAUUAGUUUGAGUA